UACUGGAACAGUUUGGCUUGCAGCUUCAACUUCGAUCCCUUCAGUGGUGCGACACUGAAUUUAUCAGGAACAUCUUCAAUGUCAUCACCAAACGACACGAUUAUGCCUUCCAACAAUAUUUCUCAUGUUAACGUUGACAUUGUUCCUGAGCAUAUGCUGAGAUGGAUUUUCACAUUAAUGGUUUUUUACUGUUUUCCAUUGUUACGAUCAUGCAUGAACUCUUUCCGAGUUCUAAUUGGCCAUUGUCGGAGACUAGAGGAACCAGUUGCUAGAGACCCUGAAGCUCCUACGACAGAAGAAGUUGAACGUCUUGAGGCCGGAAUUUCCAUUAACAAAAAAUUUUUCUUUGUCAGUAACUUUUUGUCUUCUGCAGCCUCCGGCGGGAUCUUUGCCUUCUUGCAAAUUAGCAAAGGAAAAGCUAAACCAACAAUGAAGCACAUCUACAUUGCUUGCAAUGUGUGCUUCGCCACAUCAAUCGUUGUUGUGGUUGCAGAUUCAUUCUUGGCAAUAAUAGCUUUCAACAUGGGAAGUUGAUGGAUGCCUAAGAUCACACGAACACUGGAGUUCUGAAACAGUAUAUAUAGGACUAAAUUAAUGGAUCUAAGACUGUCAUAUGGAUGAUCGAAUAAAUGCAUUUGGAAAAACCAAAUGAUUUCAGUUUAUGUAUUGAUAAAUUGUACCUUUUCUUUUUUUAUGUAACUUGUGUGUGUAUUUGAAAAUUGGCGAAUUUCAUUUGACUAAAAGGUUCCACCACACUUUGAUCAAAUUUUUCAUUCAGUCA